GUCUUUGUUUAAAUACACGGGGAUUGCUUAAAGCGCCUAGGCUGUCAACUGCCUAAUUCGUUCUGAAGUAUCCUUUGAAUUUUAAUAAUUUGUCUUCAGUAUUAAAGAAAGUGCUAAACUGAAACUAGACUAAACCUAUUUUGUGCAUUGUUCCCUGCCUGUGAUUAGUCGAAUUGUCAAUAUCAAGGUGAAUAUAACCACCAAAGUGGUCUGCAUUUGUCUCUACCUGUUUCUACUGAUUGAGAUUAGUUGGUUUAAAAUGCCCCCGUCUUUAUUAGCUUUUCAGCAUUCAUUAUGAACACUUUCUAUUUUAAUGUAGAGGUUGGUUAGGAGCUGGUUGUAGUUCGGUAUCUUAGAGAAGGUUCCAGUUUGCGCAAUGCCAGAAACUGUUGCUGUGAAAAGCUUUAAAGAUGGGCAGCAAGAGGAACAAGAGUUGGCCUCCAAAGCUCUUCGUAUACAAAAUAAACGAUUCUACCUAGAUAUCAAGCAAAAUAAGAGAGGUCGCUUCGUGAAAAUAACUGAAGUUGGCAAUGGAGGACAGAAAUCGCGCAUCUUGAUGUCAAUGCCUGUUGCUCUGGAAAUGAAAGAAAGAAUUAACAAACUUAGUGACACAUAUAGUCAACUUCCAUCUCACAAUCGUGAGUCACUCGCACAAGAUGGGCGCAUUGCGUCUGACAUUAUUGUUCGUGAUAGCAGGCGCUAUUAUCUUGAUCUCAAGGAAAAUGAACGUGGUCGUUUCCUGCGUCUCGCUAUGCUUUCUAUGGGCGUUCGUGUUCAGAUUGCAAUUCCAGCUCAGGGUAUGAUCGAAUUGCGCAAUGCAUUGACUGAUCUUAUACAAGGCUAUUCAGGAGAUAUGGAGAAUGAUAUAUUUUCAGACUUACCUGAAUCUAAAGUACUCUUCGUAGGCAACAAGACAUUUUAUUUCGAUGUUGGUUCUAAUAGAUUUGGUGUAUUUCUGCGUAUAUCCGAAGUUCGUGCUAACAUUCGUUCCUCAGUCACCAUACCUGAACAGCAUUGUACGCGAUUUUGUGAUAUUAUUACUGAGUUGGCAAACAAAAUGUCCAAUCAAAAGCUAACUAACGGAGUGUCUGAGAAUGGAAACAAUUCUGACCAACCAGAAGAAAAAGCUGAAGAUGAUGUAAAAGAAGAUACGAAUGGGGAUUCGUCGGUCGCAUCUUAAUGCGUUUUCUAUGAUCUCAGAAAUGUUGUAUGGCAUUUAUUGUGAUGGAGGCUACUGGUGUUUAUUAUUCGUUUUACUUACAAAUGUCCUAUUUUAUCUCCCUCUUAUGGACAUCCAAUUAGGCUGGACCGUUUUAUAUAAUAAUUGUUUUAUUUUUUAUGUAACUUAGUUUGUUUUUUUUUAGAUAUACGCACAUUAGUUUGCAUUUCUUUAAUUUGUUUUUAUGCGCAUGUGCUUAAUAGUCAUGUGUAUUAUUAUUUAUAUUUGUGUGACUUGUCCUUCUCCAUAUUAUACAUAAUAUGAAUAUUCAUUUUUUCUGCAGCUUUUACGUGACUUUAAUAUAUAUAAUAUAAUUUAUCGUGUU